AUGGAGAAACUGGAGUACCUAUUACAUUUGUACGGCAAAAGUCAUAUCAGUGCGGUGGCGCUCGAUAGUGGAUUGCGCGAUUUGAAUGCGCCCGCUAAGGAGCUCAAGUAUCUAUUGGAGAUAUUCAAGCAAGAUCAAAUCGGUGGUACGGCGCUCGAGUGUGCCCUGCGGAAGGAGCUAUUUUCCUUUUACAGUUGCACGAAGAAAAGAUUAUCGGGUGAUGAAGCCCUCGACUCGGGAGAUUGCCUCAACAGUCGUGCAGAGGAUGGGGCAUUCUGCCGAGCCUGUGCAGUUUUUGCUCCGGAGUUAGCUGGUGGACAUUAUACAGGUCAGUUCGUGACUGCACCUCUUAGAACGUGGCGAAAACUAUCUGACAGGACGCUAGCUCAUGGCAAGCUUGAUUACCAUCUCGCUUCUCUGACAAAGAUGAGUGCAUUCUUGGAUUGUUAUAGUGACCCAUCACAAGCUCUUGACACCGUGCUUGUAUCCGAGGCUCGGAAGCGGAUGGAGGCUAACAAGAAAAAAGGCAUAGCGUUUCGUGGUCAUCGUGAUGAUUGUUUCAACUGGGAGGAUACUGAGUAUGAACACUCAAACCCAGGAAAUUUCAUUGAGCUUGUAUGCUUUAGGGCUGAAACUGACAAUAUUCUCUCUGAACAUCUCAAGAACUCUCCGAGAAAUGCUAGAUACACAUCCAAAACGAUUCAAAACGAAUUGAUUGAAGUGGUUGGCAAGUACAUCUGCAACGAAAUCAUAGCGGAGGAAGUAUUCAUUGCCUUUGUCUCAGUAGAAAGGAUCACAGGAAAGAAUAUUGCUGCAGCAAUUUUAAACUGGAUACAGACAGUUGGAUUGUCACCAAGUGAUAUGCGAGGUCAGUGCUAUGAUGGAGCCAGUGACAUGUCUGGAGCAAGAUCUGGGUGUAGUGCUGUUAUUCAACAGCAAGCUCCAAAGGCUACCUAUUUUCACUGUGCUGCUCAUCGAUUGAAUCUUGCUGUAGUGUCUGCAUUCUUUCUGGAGUUGCUACCGGCACUUCACAAAUCUCUGCAAGCUAUGGUUUCUCCAGGACAACACAAAGACUUUGGUACUGAUUGGGGCUGGGAUGGCAAUACAAUCACAAAGGCGAAUGGCUAUCUGUAUCAGCUUCAGUUGCCUUCUUUCUUAGUUUGCUUCAAGAUUCUCCUUGAAAUUUUUCAAUGUCUCAAAGGCCUCACAGUCAAGCUUCAAAUGCAAGCAUCUGAUGUCAUGUAUGCCUACAAGCAGGUUCAGUCAGUACGUUUAAUCCUACAGAAAAUGAGAGAGGACUGUGUCCAAGAAUUCAAUAAAUUCUUUGCCGAAAGUCUUAAGUUAGGACAAGAUCUCCACGGUGAAGAUUUUGAGUUGACCAAACCGCGCACUGCAAGGCGACAGUCUCAUCGAAGCAACAUUGAAACAUGCAGUGCAGAGCAGUAUUAUUGUAUAGCCAUGUACAAUGAGUUCCUAUCUCAUGUCAUAAGGGAGCUUGACAACAGAUUUUCUGGAAACCAGUACUUGGUUCACGGCUUGCUUCAUUUGGUUCCAAGUAAGGUUGCUUCUGAAUCUCAUGAUGACUUUCCAGAAACAGUCAGUCAAGCUGCUGAUUAUUUCAAAGACGACUUGCCUCAUCACGAAAUGCUUUCCAUUGAGUAUCGAAUGUGGGUCCGGAAAUGGAAGUGUUCAGAUGAAGUUCCAACAAAGCUUUUUGAUGCACUCAAAUCAUAUGAUGAGAUCCAGUUUCCUAACAUAUUCGUUUUGUUGAAGUUGACUUUAACGCUUUCAGUCACCACUUGCGAGUGUGAGAGAAGCUUUAGUCGACUCAAACUGAUUAAAACCUGCAGAAGAUCUACAAUGACAGAUGAUCUAUUAAAUGGAUAG